CCUCCUCCCCCCUCUGGCCCAGCGUUCGAAUGGGCUGGCCCGACAAGUCCCGGAGAGAGAUAAUGACAAUAUAUACCACUAAUGACAGCGGCGGCAGCUCGAGUGUUGCGCCCGCCAGCAGACGGCUCGCCCGCGUGGGGCUGAGAAAAAGAGAUUUUUUUCUCCGUGUUUACGCGAUCGGGGGAGAGAAACGGACUACCGAUUUUAUCGCGCGGUCGUUGCUGUGGGCUUUUCAUCCCAAUCGGGAAGGAUCUGUGCAAACAACAACAACAACCCAACAACUCAAGACUCGCUUGGCGGAGGGAAACCACUUGUAGCCGCUUCCAACUUCUCAGCCACCUGUUGUUGCUCUCUACUUCAACCGCCUGAAAGCAGCCGAGCCAGGAAGGGGGAGAGAGAGAAGGACGGCAAAGCAUCCCUGCCCUGGGUCAGACGCCUCCAUAGGGGGGAAAGAAGGGUUCGUAUCUGGAAACCCUGCCCCGACGGUGGAAGAAGAAGCCGGCGCCCAGAAAUAAAAGUUCACCCGAACUGCCAGGAGUUGAGCCAUGCGCGCUGAUUUUGCUUUCUAAGAAAGCGACCCCUCACCUGGCUAAUGGGAAAACAGCACCGCACCUGAGACGGGUUUGGAAAAAAAAAAAUCUUACACCCCUCUCGCCCGAAAUAUAUAUAUAUAUAUAUACACGGACAGCAACUUUUCUCCAAACUUUGGCCUUGGCUGGAAUGAGCUGAGUUCGGAUUCCUUUCGGGAGAGUUUGCAGAGGGAGGAAAAAGAAAGACCACCUGCUCAGCGUUUUGGAGCCACCACGCCCUACCUUUCCAGGGAUCCCAAAGCGGAGGCGAUCUGAUCCUCUAUUCUUCUCCCCACCCCGCCCGCUCACUUCCAUUCCGAGACUUUUGACCAGGUAUAUAGACAUGCACCCCAACUGUUGAUCUCGUCUCCCGGGGAAUCGAAGCCCUAAAGUCGGCAGAACCACCAAGAGGGCUCCCCUCGAAGGAAGGAGGCAGGCAGGCACAACCUGGGAAUUGGGGGGCGGCUGGCCGGCAGAGGAUCACCGAGCUGGGGGGCGCAACCAUGAAGCUGGAGAUCUUUGCUCCCCGAUACGAGGACAAGCUCAGCGGCCACAGCGGCAGCGACCAGGAAGGCGGAGGCGAAGCUUCCCCGCGGAUAGCCGAGAGCGAGCUGGGCUCCGACGGGGAUUGCGCGGCUCUCAGUCCGGCCAGUGGUUGCGGGGCUUCUCCCCGGCAGGGCACCGAGCCUUCGCCUUCCCCGGGAGGCGAGUGUAAAGCGGCGUCGGGGCUGUCCGGAAAGCCUUACACGCGCCGUCCGAAGCCUCCCUACUCUUACAUCGCUUUGAUCGCCAUGGCCAUCCGGGAUUCGGCCGGGGGCCGCUUGACCCUGGCGGAGAUCAAUGAGUACCUGAUGGGCCGCUUCCCUUUCUUUCGCGGCGCCUAUACGGGCUGGCGCAACUCGGUGCGUCACAACCUGUCGCUCAACGACUGUUUCGUCAAAGUGCUGCGAGACCCGGCUCGGCCGUGGGGCAAGGACAACUACUGGAUGCUCAACCCCAACUCCGAGUACACUUUCGCCGACGGCGUCUUCCGCAGGAGGAGGAAGCGGCUCAGCCGGCCGGGGCUCACUUCGGCCCCCGGGGGCUCCCCUUCGGCUCAGCCGUCCCCCGCGCCCGCUUCUUCCCCGAGUGCCGAUCGGAAGACCCCCACGGGGGAAUCGGGCGUGGGAGCCGUCGGGGCCGCCGCCGUGAAAUUCUCCAGCCCCUUCGCCAUCGAGAGCAUCCUGAGCCGACCGUUCCAGCCUUCCGAACAGCAGCCGCGGCCCCCCGCGAGGCCGGUGGGAGAACGGGCGGUGGCGUGGGCCGCCCCCGCGAGCUAUUCCCGGCUCCUCGCUCAUCCGUCCGUCUCUUACGGCGUCGUCCCUGCUUUCCCACUGGCGGCGGCUUCGGCCGUUUACCAUUACGGCCUCCCCGAUCCUCUGCUGCUAGAGUCCUCCAAGGGGAAGGCUUUGAGCGCCCGCGAUCCGCACCAGCCCUUCCACGCGAGACCCUCGUCGUCCUUCUCCUCUCCCCGGCUUUCUUCGGCGCAGCUGCAAACGCUGAGCGUUUCUCAGCUCUACUGCCCCCUCCGGCUGCCCAGCUCAUUGCAGCAGGUGGCGGCCACUCAUCACAACACCUACAGGCCUUAUCAUACAUCAGAGACGCUAUCGGUGUGACGAUCGAACGGUCUAAAGAACCCCCGUGAAAGGCUGGGGUAACGUGGGGACAGACGGGAAGUGUCUCUCGAUGCACUUUUUUUUUUU